AAAUCAAAAUCUCAAGUGAACAACAUGGCAUUUAAAUUCAUCGUAUUUUCCACUCUUUUGGCUUUGGCUAAAGCCGGCGUCCCAGCUCUUUCUUAUGCUGCUGCUCCCGCUAUUUCUUACGCCGCCGCUCCUGCUAUCUCCUACGCCGCUCCCGCUAUUUCUUACGGCGCUCCCAUUGCCAAAGCCGUAGCUCCUGUAGCUUAUGCUGCUCCAGUAGCUAAAGCCAUCGUAGCUGAACCCUACGCCCCAGCACACUACGACUUCGCUUAUGGCGUCAAUGAUCCUCACACCGGUGAUAGCAAGAGCCAACAUGAAUCUCGCCGUGGAGAUGUUGUCCAAGGUGCUUACUCUUUAGUCGAUCCUGAUGGUACUAAACGUACUGUAGAAUACACCGCUGAUCCUCACAAUGGUUUCAACGCAAUCGUUCAUAAGGAACCAUUAGCGGUCAAAGCUGUAGCUCCUGCUGUGGCCCCAGUAGCGUACGCUGCUCCUGUGGCUAAAGUUGCUGCCCCCGCUAUCGCUACUUAUGCCGCUCCAGCUAUCCACAGUUAUGCUGCCCCAGCUAUCCAUAGCUAUGCUGCUCCAGCUAUCCACAAUUAUGCUGCCCCAGCUAUCCAUAGCUAUGCUGCUCCAGCUAUCCACAGUUAUGCUGCCCCAGCUAUUCAUAGCUAUGCUGCUCCAGCUAUCCACAGUUAUGCCGCCCCCGCUAUCCACAAUUAUGCUGCUGCCCCAGCUAUUCAUAGCUACGCUGCCCCAGCUGUAGGAUACGCUGGUGGAUACGGAUAUAGCGCUGGAUUAGGAUAUUCCAAAAUUAACCCGUUUAACAAGAAACUCUUUAUCAGGAUCGGGGUUGCAACACAGCUGCUACAGCCACGCCUAGAUGAAUUUUGUAUAAAAACCAAAAAUUGCAGUGAUUCUGCACACUCAACAAUUGGUGGCAAAGUAAGCAACAUGGCAUUCAAAUUCAUUGUAUUUUCAACUCUUUUGGCUUUGGCCCAUGCUGGCGUCCCUGCUCUCCACGCUGCUCCAGCUCUCUCUUACGCUGCUGCCCCAGCCCUUUCUUACGCCGCCCCUAUUGCUAGAGCAGUAGCCCCAAUCGCUUACGCCGCUCCCGUCGCUAGAGCCGUAGCUCCAGUUGCUUAUGGCGCCCCUAUUGCGAGAGCUGUUGCCCCUGUAGCUUACGCCGCUCCCGUAGCCAAAGCUGUAGUCGCCGAGCCUUAUGCCCCAGCCCACUAUGACUUUGGAUAUGCCGUCAACGACCCCCACACUGGAGACAGCAAGAGCCAACACGAAUCUCGCCGUGGAGAUGUUGUCCAAGGAGCUUACUCUUUAAUUGACUCCGAUGGAACCAGACGUACCGUCGAAUAUGCCGCCGACCCUGUCAAUGGUUUUAACGCUGUUGUUCACAAAGAACCUUUGGCUGCCCCUGUUGCCGUUGCUCCCGUUGCACGAGUCGCUGCUCCCGUCGCUGUAGCCGCUCCCGUCACCCGUGUUGCUGCCCCAAUUGCUAGAGUUGCCGCUCCCGUUGCUGUCGCCGCUCCCGUUGCCAGAUUUGCCGCUCCGGCUAUCGCCCAUUAUGCAGCUCCCGCUGUGGGAUACAGUGGUUUUGGCUAUGCUAGAGGCUUGGGAUACGCUAGAGGUUUAGGAUACGCUGGAGGUUUAGGAUACGCCAGAACAUUGGGAUAUGCCGGAGGGUUGGGAUAUUCUACUGGAUUGGGCUACUCUAAAAGUACAUUGUUAGUUAUUUCAUUAAUCCAUCUUAGUGUUGCUAAAACAGAAAACUUGCCUUAUUCGCAUUUACUUCGCAUUCCAUCUGCCAGUAGAAACGCAGUAAUUCAAGAACCAACACCAAGCAGGCCUCAUUAUAACUAUAAUUAUCAAGUGCAAGAUCCCUAUUCUGGAGACUGGAAAAGCCACGUUGAAGUACGUCACGGUAAUGUUGUUCAAGGAAGCUACUCUUUGAUCGAACCUGAUGGAACUAGACGCAUAGUCGAGUACUACGCUGAUCCAAUCAGUGGCUUCAAAGCUGAAGUCCGGAAGGAAGUUCUAAAUAAUAUACAGUCACUUAACAGUAAUAAUUAUUACUAAACCAGUUGUUACAUAUUUAUUAUUUUAAUAAAGUUUGUUUUGUAAUUUGUAA